UCAUAACAAAAAGUCUUUCUUUCUGAUAUUAUGUUAAUUGAACAUUUAUGAAAUUGGAAAAAUCCAUUAAAAACAUAAUUAUUAUCUAAUGCAAAAUUUGCAUUACGAUGAAUCAUGUGAUUGCGGUACGCAGCCGCAAGAAAAAAUCAAUAAUAGCUUGAAGGCAAAAUCUCCGCAGAGAGUCUGUCGAAGAGGGAAGGGUCCCUUCUCCUUGGAUUUUUGCCCAAUUACAAGAAUCUGAACACAACCACAUGUUAACUUCAGACUCCUUUUCGCUCUGAAUAUCUCAUAACUUCUCCUUAAGAUUCUUGAAUUUUGUGGGUUGUUUUUGUUAUCAUCUGUAACCAGAACAUGGAAUUGCACAUAAAGUAGAAGAGUGAAGCAAACUCGGUGGGCACUGGCGCCUUUCACUUUAUAGGAGGUGAAGAAAUUAUCACCAAUGGGAGCUAGGUUGAGUUUGAAUAAUCAUAAAGCGACUGAGCCCUUUGAGGUGUCUCAAAGCGAGGCUUCUAAGAGACAGAAGACAUCGUCUAGCUUUUGGGAUGAGAAUCCACGACUGAUUCCUAGCCUUCCUGAUGAGAUAUCAAUUCAGAUUCUUGCCAGACUCCCAAGAAUUUGUCAUUUCAAUGCUAAACUGGUCUCAAGAAGCUGGAAAGCUGCUCUAAUGAGUGGAGAACUUUAUCAAUUGAGAAAAGAACUAGGCACAACAGAGGAGUGGCUCUACAUUUUGACUAAGCUUGGUGGUGAAAAGCUCGUCUGGCAUGCCCUGGACCCAGUUUCCCGUAUAUGGCAACGUUUGCCUCUGAUGCCAAAUGUCUCUGCUGAAGAUGGGAUGAGAAGGGGUCUCUCUGGCCUUCGUUUGUGGCACAUGGUUGGUUCGAGCAUUAUUGCAGAUACCAUAAGAGGCUGGCUUGGGAGGAGAGAUGCAUUGGAUGAAAUUCCAUUUUGUGGUUGUGCUAUAGGAGCUGUUGAUGGCUGCCUCUACGUCAUGGGUGGAUUUUGCAGGGCAUCAGCCAUGAAAUCCGUCUGGCGUUAUGAUCCAACUGUAAAUGCUUGGAGCGAAGUGACUCCCAUGUCCAUUGGCCGAGCUUAUUGUAAGACGGGUGUCUUAAACAACAAGCUUUAUGUUGUCGGAGGUGUUACUCGUGGUCGAGGUGGACUGACUCCUCUUCAAUCAGCAGAGGUUUUCGAUCCCCGCUCUGGUAUAUGGACAGAGAUACCUAGCAUGCCGUUUUCAAAAGCACAGGUACUACCAACUGCCUUUCUAGCUGACCUGCUCAAGCCUAUUGCAACUGGAAUGACAUCAUAUAGGGGGAAACUAUAUGUUCCUCAAAGUCUAUAUUGCUGGCCCUUCUUUGUUGAUGUUGGAGGAGAAGUCUAUGAUCCAGAGACAGAUUCAUGGGCUGAAAUGCCCGUUGGUAUGGGAGAGGGUUGGCCAGCUAAGCAGGCAGGAACUAAAUUAAGUGUCACUGUUGAAGGGGACUUGUAUGCAUUGGAUCCUUCUAGUUCUCUUGAUAGUGCUAGGAUCAAAGUGUACGAUCACCAAGAUGAUGCUUGGAAGACCAUUGAAGGAGAUGUACCUAUUCCUGACCUCACCGAUUCAGAAUCUCCAUACUUACUUUCCAGUUUUCUCGGAAAGUUAAAUGUGGUAACUAAAGAUGUAAACCACAAUAUCUUGGUUAUGCAAGCUGACAGGCAACAUCAACUUGAUUCCGCACCAUCUACCUCAUCUGCUACUUUUGGCGAAUCCUUGGAAGAACUUUCUCAAAAUGUGUUAGAAUCCUCCGGGAGUAUUUGGAAAGUCAUUGCCAGUAGGAUUGCUGGAUCUGCUGAGCUUGUUAGCUGUCAAAUCCUCAAUAUCUAGCGCUAGUAAGAGAUUUUGUUGAUCUACCUUUUCCUAAUCUUGGUUUGCUGCUUGGGUAGGUCAGUUAAUGAGCCUUGAAGUAAUUUAUGACUCUUGUAUCUACUGCACCUUGCAGUGGUAAAUAUACACGUAAAUAUACUGUUGAUUAUGUCUAAAUAUAUAAUAUCUUCUACAAAUGCAAUAUAAAUAUUCUGCUUCUGGUA